UCAUGCCCCGAGGAGAAGUGUGCUGUGGGCAGAGACCCCCGAGGCAGGGAAGGGCAGCGCCGGCCGAGCCCCGCCAAGGCCCCCGCGCCGGGCCCGGCGGAAGCUCCGGCCCCGGGACUGCGGCUCCCAGCGGCCCCCGCGAGCGUCUGCGCCGCCGCGGCUGCGCGAGCAACCCUCCCCCGCCCGGAGCGGUGCAGGGCUCGGCCCGACACCGCGGGAGAAGUGGGGCCGCGCGGCGCCCGCCGCCCCGACAGCACCGAGAGCUCGCGAGGAAGCCGUCGCCGCCCCGGUCUCCCCCGCAGCCCUGCGGCGUCUCCAGCCGGCGGGACCGGGCUGCCCGUGCUCGUGGCGGGAGGAAAAUGGCUCAAGGUACUGCACCAGCAGCAUCCAUCCAUGAUGAGGAAUCCUUAGAAAGCAGAAUGGUCGUUAAAUUCCUCAUGUCAGGACUUGAGUCAAUGUGUAAAGAACUUACCAAGUCCAAGGCAGAAGUUGCCUGUAUUGCUCUGUAUGAAACAGAUGUGUUUGUAGUUGGAACUGAAAAAGGAAGAGCCUUUGUCGACUCUAGGAAAGAUUUUCAGAAGGAUUUUGUUACAUACUGUGUUACAGAAGAGGACAGGGCUGCAGAACUGCAGAAAACGAAGACUACACCAGCUGAAACAGGGGUAAACAAUCUGACAGGAGAUGUUGUAGACCUGGAGACUCUUAGAAAGUCUGUGGAGGACUUUUUCUGCUUUUGCUAUGGUGAAGCUUUAGGAAAGUCAACGAUGGUACCUGUGCCAUAUGAGAAGAUUCAGAGGGACCAGUCUGCUGUGAUAGUGCAGGGCCUGCCCAAAGGACUUGCGUUUAAAAAUCCAGCAAAUUACGAUGUUUCAACCCUGAAAUGGAUUUUGGAAAACAAGUCAGGGAUCUCGUUUAUUAUCAAAAGGCCUUUCCUAGAACCAGAGGAACACAUAG